ACAUACUGAUUCAGUCCUACUUCACAAUAUAUGCAAAGCAGAUGAAGUCAUUACAGAACCAGAGCGAAUACGAAAAGAAGUACAAAUGCACUAUGAAAACUGGACAAAGCCAAACCCUCCAGACUGGAACCAUUAG